AUGAAAGGAUCAAUGCGUGAGAUUAUCAGAGUUGGUAUUUGUGUUUCCUCUUACAGACCGUCACGCAGACUUGACGAUGAUAUAAUUUUCGAUUUGAAUCACGACUGUCCACUUCGUGUGUACAAUGUUACGGUUGGUCAGCGCAUAAUUGUGAUAUGCGCGCAGCGAGACAAUCGCAUGUUUCAGAGGAUAUAUUAUUCCAAACGAUGGGAGUUCGGAUACACUUGCAAUACCUUUGAUCCGGAUGUACGAAUUGUUGCCAGUUGUCAUAAUGUUGUACGGGACCAAGAAAUUGCCUUGACAAUAUGCAGGGAAGGCAUGAAAUGCGAAAUUCCGCUAAACAAAGGAGAUGUUAUAUUCAUGUUUUCAUCAGAACUCUCAUGCAUACAUCAAAUGUUUGCAUUAACACUUGAACGACAGAAGUCGAGGCGUUGUACAAGUCCUAGUCAAGUGGAGUUGAAUGGUCCAGAAGUCCUCGACAGCAAUAAUGGCAUCUCACCAAGUAGAAACUUUUGGAGGAACUGUAUUCAUCAUCGAUGGAGAAAACCGCAUCUUCUUCUAACCGCAGACGAACAUCUUGUCUGGGUCUGUGUUCUUGCACCAAAGGCUGUGUCACAAACCACUGGUAGGCGCAGCAUGGAGUGGAACAAUUCAGGGAGUAACAAUUGGCCGACUCCUCAAUCAGAAGCAGAGAAUGGCAAAGGGGGCAGAACAGCACAGGCAUUCUAAAACGAAGAACUAAGAAUUAUUACGAGCAAGAGAAAACAAUUUUACACAUCAGAAGCAAACAAUGACGAAAUGGCGUCCAGCCACUGUACGAAUGUGCGCAGUUGAAGUUAGACAAACGAGGAUCUGACCACGUGAAAAAAUCCGAAGCAACACUAAAUUCGCCGUACAAUGCAUGUGACCAAAUCCUACGAACAAGUUGCGCGGAAGCGUCCCAUUCCCCAACAAACGAUGUAAUCGACAGGGCCAUCAGUAGUCCAGCUGUGCAGACCAACUGUCGGAGGGGUGUUGGGGAGGACACUUACUUCGGUCCAUUGGAAAGUGACGAGUGAGUGAGCCAAUGUGCAACACCAGGACAGUUACUGUGAGCUCAAUGGCAAUACGUCGCGCACCAAGCGGAAGACAUGUAUUAAAGUGCGCACCUAAUCGUCAGUCCUCGGUAGCUCAGUGGUAGAGCAGCGGACCGGAAAUUCGUGGGACCGGGGUACGAUUCCUCGUCGAGGCAGAUUAUUGUGUGCAGUUUAAUCGUGACUUAUGCUUUCUACGAACCAUACCGAGGUUCUAUGCCAAAAACUUUGCGUAACCUACUUUCACGUCAUGAGUAGUAGAGCAUAACAUUUAUUUUCACACAAACCCGUUUCGAACACGUUAGAGGAAGUUUCACUUAACGGCAAACGCAGUUCUACUAUACAGUGUUAUAAUAAAUUAAAACGCAG